CUCUGGUCCCUUCUGGCCUGGCUCCCUUUUCCCGAAUGGAUUUCGUGUUUUUCCAGUUCUGGUCAUUGUUGCACGUGGAACCCCAAAUCACAGCCUUCGGACCUUCUGCAGCUCCCACGCCCCAGUCUCGGUCCAAGCAUGUCAAUGCAGUAUGAAAAAUUCCAGCCCUUGGAGGGUGAGAAGCAAAGCCAGGGGUCUAGAAAUGGGCUCUCUCCUCUGUCCUUCUUGCACUGGCUCUGCUCCGGCCCCCGGCCUCUCCUGUUCUCCCUGGGCCUCAGCCUCCUCCUGCUGGUCGGCAUCUGUGUGACUGGAUCCCAGAAUUCCAAGUUUCGGAGGGACCUGGAGACCCUGAGAGCAACUUUCAGCAACUUCACUGCAAACACUGUGGCUGAGGUCCAGGCACUAAAAUCCCAGGGUGGCAGUUUGCAAGAAGUGAUAACAUCUCUGAAAGCCAAGGUGGAAAACCAGGAGCAAGAGCUGCAGGCAGCCCGUAGCUUGAAUGACAAGGUGCUUUCCCUGGAGAGCAAGCUGGAGAAGGAGCAACAGGAGCUCAAAGAAGGUCAUUCGGAUACCCUCCUUCGAGUCCAGCAGCUGGCCAGAGGCCUGAGAUCCCUGACUUGCCAGAUGGCCGCUCUCAAGAGCAACGGCUCUCGAAAUACCUGCUGUCCCCCUGACUGGCUGGAGUUCGAGGGCAGCUGCUACUGGUUCUCCCGCUCCGGGAAGUCGUGGGCCGAGGCCGACAGGUCCUGCCAGCUGGACAGCGCGCACCUGGUGGUCAUCAACUCCAGAGAGGAGCAGACUUUUGUGCAGGAACAUAUCGGCUCAUACACCUGGAUGGGCCUCAGUGACCCUGAAGGCGUCUGGAAAUGGGUGGACGGGACGGACUACGAGACCAACUUCAAGAAUUGGAAGCCAGGCCAGCCGGACGACUGGCACGGGCACGGGCUGGGCGGGGGCGAGGACUGCGCGCACUUCCACCCCGAUGGCCAGUGGAACGACGAUGCCUGCCAGAGGGCCUACCGCUGGGUGUGCGAGGCCGGCCUGGGCACGGGCAGCUAGCACGGUCACCGCGUGCUUCCUGAGACCGUGGGCCGCGGACCCGCAGGGGCGGGAGGGGGUCUUCCCCUGAGACCCCUCAGGAGACCGCCUGGGAGAGGAAUGAGCCCACGGAGGUCGGGGCGCUGCCCCCAUUUUGAAUUUUUCUCCUUGGUGUUCAAAAGACUCUCUGGAGUUCCUCAAGGGUUUGCUUUUUUAAUGUCAGCUGCAUCGAGGUAUCGUUGACAUACAAAAUUGUAAGAUGUUGGAAGUGUACGUCAUUGUGAUUUGAUGAACAUAUGUACUGGGAAGGGGUCCCCCAUCCAGUUAAUAGCCUCACAUAUUCAUCUUGUCUGUGUGUGUGUGUGAGAGAGAGAGAGAGAGAGCACAUAAGUUCUGCUCUCUUGGUGAAUUCUAAGUAUACAAUAUGGUAACAACUGUCGUCGCCGUGAGAUCCUCAGACCUUAUUCAGCUAAGAGGUACAAGUCACUAUGCCUUCGCCAACCUCUCCCGAGUUCCCUACUCCCCGGCCCCACCAUGCUACUCUCUCUUUCUAUGAAUUUGGCUUUUUUUU